AUGCUCGUCACCGGCAUCAUCCUGAUUCCCAGUGCCAUCGCAACACCCGCCGCCGUCCAGGACCUUACCGAUCUGAGAAGCGUCAUCAACUCGGCAGCAAGUGCUAUCGGAGAUCCGAACAACCCUAAUCGAGGCUUUGGCUUCAACCUCUUCGGCGGCAGCGGUCAGAUGGGCACUGCAGACCUCGUCAAUAACAUCACCAACACUAUCCUGCGAGGGAAGUUCCAACUAGACACGAACAGGACAUCAUGGCUCCUGCCCAGCAACUCCACCCUCAACGGCACCCUACCCACCUCCAGUGUGCCCACACUCGCAACCCCCACGCUCCCCCUAACAGCCAGCCUCGCCCUGCCAACCAGCAUACCCACCACAACACCCACGCUCGACAACCUCACCAUCGACCUCACGUCCCCCUACAUGGAUUACGUGCAAUCCAUGCCCAACCUAGCCAACAGCCUCAUAACCCUCGGCCGGUCCUACCACCGCGAAAUGAACAGCCCCGUCAACGAAGCCGUCGCCGGUCUCCAGCAAAGCCUCACAACCUUCCAAACCGCACUGCUCGAAAGCGAGCUCAUCAGCGCUCAGGCUGUUAUACGCACCAUACGUGCCAGUAGUAGCUUGGAGAGUGCGGCGACGGCGUGGAGUCGCUUUCUCAACUUACCGGGUGGGGGUAGUGUCGAUGAUGAAGCAGGGUCUGCUGCUCCGUCAUCCCCAUCAUUGCAAGGAGUGGGGAGGUCGAGUGUGUUGGGCAGAGCGGAAGCGAAGAGGCCGCCACCUGGGAAUGGGAGGUUCUACAGCCAUCUUGAGUUGUGGAAUCGGUCGGAGCCUAGGCCGAGGGUGUCGACGGAGGGGAAGUUCUCGCCACACGACCUUGUUGUGCAGGCUGAGGAGAAGCGUGUGAGCACUACUGCUGCAGAGAAGGCGAGAGUGGGGAGGCCUUUUGUUGUUUGA